AUGCCAACCCCAACCUACUCGUACACAACCCGCCUCCAACAACCCCCAGGCCUAACCCCCCUAACCCUCCCAACCCCCACAAACACAAACCCCCCUCAAAACCCCCCGGUCCUAAACGACGCCCUCGCAAUCCGCUAUUCCGUCUUCAUAACCGAACAAAGCUGUUCCGCGGAAACCGAGAUCGACACCGACGACGCCCGCAGCUGGCACUGGGUCCUAUACGACGGGACCACAGCGGUGGGGACGAUCCGCCUUGUGCCCCCGCCUCAGACCCACGCGCCUGAAGAAGCGCUGCAGAAAGGGGUUGAGGAGCCGUGCGUUAAGUUAACUCGUGUGGCGAUCGUGCCGAUGUACCGUGGCCGGGGACUUGGGAGGAUGUUAGUGGAGACUGCGUUGGGGUGGGCUGCUGGGCAUUGUAGGGAGGUUGAGGCUGGGAUUGAGAAUAAAGGGGGUUGUUGGAGGGGUUUGGUGCUUGUUCAUGCUCAGGUUGAUGUUGAGGGGAUGUAUGGGAGGCUUGGGUUUGUGGUUGAUGAGGAGCUUGGGAGGUGGGAUGAGGAGGGGAUUGAGCAUUUGGGGAUGUACAAGAGGAUUGAAGUUGGGUUAAUGUAG